AUGGUCGCGCUUCUAGUUGCACUGGUUAUUCUGUAUAAGGGUAACCACUAUGGGACUACUAGACGAAGUCUGAUCAACGUCGCCUUUGCGACGACAUCUGAUGACGACGCCUUUGAGACGACAUCUGACGACGACUUAGCCCUAGUGUGGAUGGACACCGCACAUCGGACUGAACUCGUUCACGUGCGCUCCUCACGCCUCGUAGCUCCUCAAUCCGCCCAGCUACGUUAA